AUGAAGGUCUCUGUGUUCUCUACACUCCUCUUGGCCACUAGUGCCUUUGCCGGCCGCAGUGCUCAGCAUGUCAACAAGAAGCUGCCUGAGCGUAUUCGACGUGAGCCUGCUGGUUUGCCUGCUGUAGGUCUGGACAAGAGAGCUGCCAUCAAGAAGAAGCACCAUAUCAUUCCUCAGAACAAGAACACAACAANNUAUGCUGUUGACGGUACCAAGAUCCCCGAUGUUAAUUUCGAUAUUGGCGAGAGUUAUGCUGGUUUGAUGCCUAUCUCUUCGCAGCAGAAUGCUAGCGAGCUUUACUUCUGGUUCUUCCCUUCGGAGGACUCUCAUGCGAGUGAUGAGAUCUUGAUCUGGCUCAAUGGCGGUCCGGGGUGCAGUAGUCUUGAGGGUCUGCUGCAGGAGAAUGGACCCUUCUUGUGGCAAUAUGGUACAUACGCUCCGGUCAAGAACAACUACGCCUGGAACAACCUUACCAACACUGUCUGGGUCGAACAACCUGCCGGUACUGGUUUCAGCUCAAAGGGGAGCACACCCUCGGCAACUAGCGAAGAGGAGGUCGCAGAACAGUUUGCCGGAUUCUGGAAGAACUUUAUCGAGACUUUUGGUCUGCAGCACAAGAAAGUCUACAUUACUGGCGAAAGUUACGCUGGUUUCUACGUUCCUUACAUUGCCGACAACUUCAUCCAGAAGAACGACUCGGCUCUCUAUGAUGUUCAUGGUAUCAUGAUCCACGACCCUUCCAUUUCCUAUGAUGUUGUGCUGCAGGACAUCCCGGCCACUCCCUUUGUUGACUACUGGGGUGGGCUUUUCAACCUGAACCAGACAUUCAUGGACGAUAUUCACAACCGCUCCGAUGCUUGUGGCUAUACUGCGUUCAUGGAGGAGGCUCUUGCUUUCCCACCCAAGGGUCUGCUUCCCGCUCCACCAAAUGCAGACUACAGCAUGCCUGGCUGUGAGCUCUGGAACGACAUCUUCAGCGCCGUCAGCCUUGUCAACCCAUGUUUCGACAUCUACCAAGUCGCUACCACCUGCCCUCUGCUCUGGGAUGUCCUCGGUUUCCCUGGCAGUUUUGACUACCUGCCUCAAGGUGCCGAGAUCUACUUCAAUCGCACAGAUGUCCAGAAGGCCAUCAACGCCCCCGUCCAAGAAUGGGAAGAGUGCACUUCUGGUAUCCUCCGUAAGGACACCAGCGAAUAUACCUCAUUGAGUGUACUCCCCAAAGUUAUUGAGCACACCAACAACGUCAUUAUCGGCCAGGGCAUGCUCGACUACAUCAUCUCUUACAAUGGAACACUCAUGGCCAUCCAGAACAUGACUUACGGUGGUGCCCAAGGGUUCAGCCAAGGCCCUCAGACCUGGGAUGACUUCUUCGUUCCUUACCAUUCCGAGCUCAACCAAGGAGAUCUUGCUGGCUCUGGUGUCGUGGGCAAAUACCACACUGAACGCGGUCUUACUUUCGCUACUGUACAACUAAGUGGUCACAUGAUAAACCAGUACGCACCCUCUGCCGCAUAUCGUCUGGUUGAAGUCUUGCUUGGUAGAGUAAAGACUCUUGGUACCGAGACCAACUUCAGUACCCAGAAGGGCAACUUUGGCAACGGCUUCGACUUUGUCACAGCCAACGUCACCAAGUAG